AUGUCAUCCCAGGAACCUGCUGCAGGCAGCCGGGUCCUCCGGAGUCGACGACGCGAUACCACAAAGACCGUUGCUCACCAAGCUGAAAAUCAGUCCAGUACCAAAGCGGCCAAGCGCAAAACAAUCAGUGAUUCAGAAACAGAGCCGGACUUGCUGAUCAUUAUGCCGAUUCCAGUCUCUGAGAAAGAUGUUCUUGAGAGACUCGGAAUAUCAGUCGGUCCCACAACAACCCGUGAAAGAGUUCUUGAUCUCCUCGGCAAGCAUGUCACCAAGAAGAAACCACGCCUUCUGAGCCAGUUGGUCCGAUCUAGGAAGAAGUCAACGAUCAAAAAGACCACACACUUACCUUCCGAUGAUUCAGUGCGAACCACUGUCAACCCUCCAAACAAUCAGAUCAACUUCGAACAAUUCAACGACUCACAAUUGGUUGAUAUGCUAAAAGAUGUUGGAUUAGACACUAAUGGUUUUAGCAGGAUUCAGCUCUUAAAAAAUUGUAACAGCUAUCACGAAUUGAUUACGCUGCCUUUGGUGUCACAAAAACAGUUUGGUCAACCUCCAGUAUGCUCCAAGCUGGACCAUCACUCAUUCGACUUCACACCUGCAACACACAAUCUUCAUCCUAAGCAAGGGACCGAAUCAAGUACACAGACUACACAGACCUCAGCCGCUAUCACACCUGAAGCUGGCUCUUCAGUCCCAAUCCUUCCGAGCAGGGAGCACAACCGGCUUUUAUACCCUCGACCACACCCUACAAUACUCUCUUCUACUUCACCAGAACCAAAAUCAAAGAAGGAUAAAGGAAAAUCGAAAGCGAGAAAUCCCUCACCCUCAAUUUCCGACUGGAAUCCAGACAAUGACGACACAGACCAAUCCGAUACCGAUCUCGAUCUCAGUCAGGCACAUUCCCGCCGCCCCUCGCCUUGUGUCAAAGCUCGAAAAAGUGGCCCUCCUCCUCCUAAGAACCCUGAAUCAGAGGUUCCACAAGAAAGCUCUGCUAUGCCUGAGAGCAGAACACCAGAUAUCGAGAAUCUUCACUUACUUUUGCUGCGGACUAACCAAAAGGUUGAAUACCUCGAAAGUGAAUUGAAAGCAUUGACUAAAGUUGUACACAAGUUGAGUGGACUACUUGGCGAUGGUGAUUCUACUCCGAGUCCCAGCAAAAGACGUGGAGGACGUACUGCCGAUCGCAUCAGAUUUCAUGUUGACACACUGCUAGGUAUCAAAGAAGGCUCAAAGCUACCCGAUCCGACAGACGAUACAACGAAUGUACCAGAAGACCCUUCCACAUCAGGAACUCGCGACGAAACUGAUCCUUGCUUCCCUUAUGAGAACGGACCUGGUCAUAAGGAUGCAACACCUCAACAGCUUCAAAUCAUGAAGAGCAUGUUGGAAGCUGCAGGUCUAUCAAGCUUUCGUCCGGAUUUCUCAAAGUCAGCCGCAUCAAAUGGAAACAAGUGGAUCUGGAAUGUUGCUUCAAAAAUAUUCUACAAGUUAGUUGAGUGUGGGGAGUACAAUGGAGUAGCUACUGGUGGUGCAAAUGACACUCUCAUAACCAAAUGUUUGGAUACCUAUGCUCGAUCAUUAUCAAAGCGAUAUCGAUUGCAAUCAUGGGAACCAGAGCGUCUAGAAAAGUCACAAAGCAGAGUCCGACAAGCUGGUAGACUUCAAAAAUUGAAGAAAAUGAGAGACAAAGCAAUCUUCUCAAAACCCGCUCAGCUGUUCAAGCUUUCAGUGAUAAUGGAAAAUGCUUGCAGCGAUGAUGAGACCGACCGUGAAGGAACCAGUGAAGGGCCAAAUCGACAUGGUCUACCUUGCUUGGUGCGAAAUCUCGAAUGGCGUAGUGAAAAGUUGGGUCAUGUUUGCAUUCUACUAGAUGGGUACAUGGAGCAAAGAAAGGCUAGCAUACCUAAUUCAGCAGGAAAGAAGACUGGUCGCCCCUCCCGACCAAGAAUCCGUCAAACAAACGCGCCUCUCAGCUCACUCCCAGCACCAUACGGGUUACCCAUCGACUGUUACUCCUCCGAGUGGCUUCAACGCGUGAAAUCCGAAGACCCGUUAUUUUAUGGUCAGCUAGAUAUUGAUCCAGUCCCGGUCUUGGACGAGGUUGUCCUUUUUUUGGAAGGAUUAUAA